CCACUUGUUGCCGACGCCGCAGCAGCCUCCGUUGCGACAGCCGACAAACUUCGUACGUAGCAAGGAUGGUGCGAGCAAGCUAUAUCCUGGCGUCCUGCGCUCUCAUCGCUCUGCUGUUGGUCCUGCCCACAUCUGCGUACCCCAGGUACUACAACAACUACUACCGCGACGAUGGCCAGUACGAGCCUGAGGAAAUCGUGGACAUGCUCGGCAGACUCCAGAACCUUCUACAGUUCGAACGCAAAAUGGAGAACUUUAAAGAUGAAAUCACUAGCGAGAAACGCGCCCUGGACCUAGGACUCAGCCGUGGCUACUCCGGGGCUCUCCAAGCCAAGCAUAUGCUGGGCGUCGCCGCCGCCAACUCGGCCUUCGGACCCGGCAGGAGGCGGCGGGAUGCCCACUAGAACACCAACAAUCCUGGGGCCCCUCACAAAACCUAGGGCCCCGUCACACCUCCAGGGGCCCCAUCACACCUCGCCCCACCACUUAGAAUCCACGCUUCGGGCCCACCUUCGGCUGGCAACAUCUACGUAAACUUACAAACUCAAGCUUUUAGAAAGCUCUCGCAAUUCAUAGUCAUGUACUUCACAAUAACGCUGUAUACUUUGCCUUCUGUGUCUAAAUAAAUCGAUAUCUUAAAAACGUUUGUCUAAUAGUGUUUUGAAUGUAAGAACGGAAUCGUGAAUAUUAAUCGAAUAUUCAUUUAUCUAAAAUCAUAGUUCGAUCUUUAUCUUCCAUUUUCAUUGCUCCAUCUUGACUUAUUCAAAACUUAAUAAACUAUUGUUCGUUACUAUUACACUUAUUGAGUUGCAUAAGUAAACUUAUUAUUCUAGUCAUUUUUACCACGAGAAUAAUUCUAGUAUUAAUAGAAAUAAUUAUUUUGUAUAAUUGCAUACAAUUUAUUUUCGUAAAAGUAACUUUAUGUUUAGAAAUUGACUGAUUUGAGCAUUUCUAUGUGAUAAGCCUAAAUGCGUAAUUAAUUUAUCAUUUCUAAGAUUUUACAAAAUUAAUAAGGAAUACGAAAUAAAAGACGCUAAAAUGUUUUUCCUAAAACUUGACAUUUCCUUUAAUGUAAAAUGACACUAUUUAGUACAACACGCUUAAUGUAAUUAGGGAAACUUAAAAGUAUUUAUAUUUAAUUAAGGUUAUCCAAGCUUUCGUUAACAUUCCAUCAUUUUAUAAUAGUGAUUUAAUGUUAAACUUAAAAUUCCUAUAACGUACCUAUGUGGCAAAUUUGUUUAGUACUUAAAUGGUUAUUAUAAGUGAUAAAAUACCUCCUGUCUAGAGUUUAUUGUUAAAAAUAAAGAGAUAUUCAUAUUUA